UUAAAAUUGCAAAAUUAUAAAACAGUGUUUAAAAUAAAUUAAAUAAUAAGCUAAAAAGUGCAAAGAAAUAGAAAAAAUCUUCCUUAAAAACGAAAAAAAAACAACAACAAAUAACUUAUAUCCGCCAGAAAAUUGUUUAAACUAAUAGUUCUCAAAACCAGCGUUUGUCCUCCCAACGCUGUUGUCUAAAAAAAGCAAAAAAAAACGAAACUUAGAAAAGUAACAAUUUUAUUUCUCAAAGUUUUUUGAAAAAUUUCCAAAAUUGCGAAACAUAUUUUAAGCUUUUUAAAAAAGAAAAAAACUCCACAAACAUCUAGUGCAGCAGGCGAGGACAUUACAAAGAGCACACAGCAGCAGGAGUCGUCCGCACAGCUAGCCAAGCAGCUUGAGCCAAGCAGUCCAGGCGCGUCGUCUAGCAAAUCGUCGCCAUCGCUGACGGCCAAUAAAUUGGACUCUGCCACUGCUCGGCCGCAGGCAUCGUCCACUUCGCCCUCACAAUCGUCGUCGUCGUUGCUGCAGCAAAAAUCCAGCAAAAUAACUCCGCCUACAGGUGCACACUCCGCCUCAACUUCGUCACUUACUAACGCCCAGGCAGCAAACGCCAGCGAUAGUUCGGACGCCCCUCAAGUGUCUGCCACAGCAACCUUUCGUCUAUCAGCGCUCACCGGUACCAUCUCGAAAAUGGGUAAUAACGCCACGACAUCCAACAAGAAGGUCGAUGCUGCCGAAACUGUCAAGGAGUUUCUCGAACAGGCCAAAGAAGAAUUUGAGGAAAAAUGGCGCCGCAAUCCCACAAAUACCGCCUGUCUCGAUGAUUUCGAACGCAUCAAGACUCUGGGUACGGGUUCUUUUGGUCGCGUCAUGAUAGUACAACACAAGCCGACAAAAGACUAUUACGCCAUGAAAAUACUCGACAAGCAGAAGGUCGUCAAACUAAAGCAGGUCGAACACACACUCAACGAGAAGCGUAUUCUGCAGGCCAUACAAUUUCCCUUCUUGGUUUCCCUACGCUAUCACUUCAAGGACAACUCCAACCUCUAUAUGGUGCUGGAGUAUGUACCCGGCGGUGAGAUGUUCUCGCAUCUGCGCAAAGUGGGUCGUUUUUCGGAGCCCCAUUCGCGCUUCUACGCAGCCCAGAUCGUACUCGCCUUUGAGUAUUUGCACUAUCUCGACUUGAUAUAUCGUGACUUGAAACCGGAGAAUUUGCUUAUCGACUCACAGGGCUACCUCAAGGUAACCGAUUUUGGUUUUGCCAAACGUGUCAAGGGCCGCACUUGGACUCUAUGCGGCACACCCGAAUACCUCGCCCCAGAGAUUAUUCUCUCGAAGGGCUAUAACAAGGCCGUCGAUUGGUGGGCCCUCGGUGUGCUCGUCUAUGAAAUGGCCGCUGGCUAUCCACCCUUCUUUGCCGAUCAACCCAUACAGAUUUACGAGAAAAUCGUAUCGGGUAAAGUGCGUUUUCCCUCACACUUUGGCUCUGAUCUAAAGGAUCUAUUGCGCAACCUCUUACAGGUGGAUCUGACCAAACGCUAUGGCAAUUUAAAGGCUGGCGUUAACGAUAUUAAGAAUCAGAAAUGGUUUGCCUCCACAGAUUGGAUAGCGAUCUUCCAAAAGAAAAUUGAGGCACCAUUUGUGCCACGGUGUAAAGGACCCGGUGAUACCAGUAAUUUCGAUGAUUACGAAGAAGAGGCGCUGCGGAUCUCAAGCACCGAAAAGUGCGCCAAAGAGUUUGCUGAAUUCUAAUUGUAUUCUUUUAUUUAUUAUUAUUAUUGUUUCUUUACUAAAAAAACAAACAAAACAAACCAAAACCAACGUACGUUCGUUGCACGUUCGUGCAUUCUCAUCACACCUGGUUGUUCGCCCCGCUCGUUCGUUCGCUCGUACGUCCGUCGUCGUCGUAGUUCGUAGUUUUGUGCAUUAUUAAAAAAAGUAAUAAUUAAAAUACGCGUUGCGUUCGUUUCAUUGUUUCAUUAACUAUAAAAAAAUAAAAAUAAAACUAAGCAAA